AUGCUGCGUCGCCAAUUCUAUUGUAUCACUUGCUCUGCAAUAGCAACUUAUGCGGUCUUGACGAAUAUGAUACCACUUGGGUACGCACAAACACCGACAGAAAAUUAUACACCCUACAAUCCGUCAUUGGGAUCCGUGCAGAUAACAGUGCCUUGGAGAGCAGCCCAUGCCUCGGACUAUGUAGAUCCCUAUGUGAUCCUUUAUGGAGGUGUAGUCGAUCCGAAUGAGAGCAGCACAGGAACUUUAUUAGGAUCCUCUGAUGUGUGGGCAUGGGAUUCUCGUAAUGGAUCCUGGUACAAUCCAAUUCCAACGGUUCAAAUGCAAUCUGGUAAUGACAUGCUUCCCCAAGCCCUCAUUCGAGCAGUAUCAUUACCUAGCUCCGGACAAAUACUUGCUAUCGUCGGUAAUACAACUGGCACUAUAUAUAAUGGCAUGUUACAGAAAUUAGACACCAAUAGCUGGACCUGGAGUUUUCCUACCGCAAGUCUCGAGCCACCCGCACGCGCCGCCGGAUUUACAUUGUCAAUUGUUAACAAUACAGUGUAUCAAUACGGUGGACUAGGAGUAGGAUCUGACGGACACCCUAUGAUUGGUGCAGUAAUGAACGGGCUUUCACUUAUGGACACAAGUGCCUACACUUGGACAACUGGCUCAAACGGACUUGGAGUGACCGACCACAGCACCUGCUAUAUACCUGCCUGCAAUUGCCUGGUUGUAUUUGGCGGAACCCCGACCGGAUCAGCUUCCGAUGCAACCUCUAACCUUCACACCUACGAUCUCAAUCUCAAAACAUGGAGUCUUCAAGUAGUCGCAGGAUCUACUGAUGGAGCUGCACCUGGAGCACGACGAUUACAUACAGCAACAUGUCUAGAUGACAAGAUGGUUGUAUUCGGUGGAGGAACGACCCAGCCUUACGAUUCAGACGUGUGGUAUCUAGACGCAUCAUCUUAUCCAACCCUUGCCUGGAAUCGUGUCACAGUAGCCAAUAUAACCCAAGGUCCAAAUGCGCGUAUGGGACACACCGCUUCAUUAGACAAGACAUCCCAAAAAAUUUACAUCUAUGGAGGAUGGGGUGUCAGUGCCACAAACGACUCAAAUAUGUACGUUCUUGACACAAAAGCAUGGUCAUGGACACGUGUGGCAGUAGCAGGUUAUCCUGUAGCCAUUCCUCCUUCCAUUUCUUCCUCUAUCCCCGUUUCCAGCGCCACAUCAGACACUACACAACCAGCCGCCACUUCCUCCCAAACCACAACCACGGCCACAGCCGCAACCAAGUCUAACAACACUCCCAUAAUAGUCGGCAGCGUAGUCGGUGGUCUAGUCUUUCUCGGAUUAAUUGCACUCUUGUUAUUCUGUUGUGUCCGGAAACGACGCCAAAAGGCUUCAAAGGAAUCAGUCCCAGAAAAUAUGGACGGAGAUGGUCAACUACCAAAGACAGACAAAUUCUGGACGAACAACACCAAAGAAAAGAAACUCGGAUCAGCCGAGCUAGCCUAUGGAAACAAUCCUUCUGACGCCACACUCAUGACACCCUUUGGAAACAAACGUGUAUCACAAGCAUGGACAGGAACAAGCAGUCAGCGUGCAUCCCUUCGACCAUCUGAACUCGGUGACACAGAUCGAGUUGUAACAGGUGUAUUAGAAAUAAUGUCUACUUCCCCAACCAUCGGAGACUCGCCUAAUCAUUCCAAUCGCGGAUCACGCGACUACAUUGGGUCAAUAGGAGGAGGAUAUCCUUCGCCUUUAGGACCAGACUCCCAUCGCAACUCUUCGUUGAGUGCACUAGGAAGUAUUCCCCUUGUACACGCCGUAAGAGGACCUGGGCAAGUUCCAAAUGAAAUCACACCACAAAAGCCAAACGAAUUCUCGUUUCCGACCGCCCGCUUUUCCGCUCAGAGCAAUACCAGCAGUGUACCAAUAGACCAUCUCACCCAAGUAUCACCUAGUCUGAUUUCCGGAGACGAAAGCGGAGGAGGAGCCCCCUUGAGCAGUAGCAUGGAGGUUCUGAGAAGCAUCAAAACCAACGGAAGCAGUAUGAUGAGUGGAGGGUCACGCAUUGUACCUGUCACGCACUCCUAUGCAUCAACACCAUGGGGGCUAAAAAAUAGGGACCAAAACGAACUAGAGGAUGACAAAUGGACAUUAGGUGAUUCUUUGUCAGUCCGUGGUGCAAAUGCACCUCCAAUUCGCUACAUCCCACCUAGUGGUAGUGGAAACCAAUUUAGUGUGGCUACUACAGCCACUACCUCGGCUAGCACUUGGAAUAAUAAGGGUUCAAAGGGUUCUGUGUUGCUAACACAUCAUCAGUAUCCAUCUUCAAAUAUGAGCGUGCCACUUGCUCAAAAGGUCACACCGGCACAGCCACAGCCUUUGACGAUAAACACCGUACCAUCUAUGAACCUACAGUCGUUUGGACAACAACAAAAUGACAUGAUGCUUUACGAUUCCGUCAGUCCUCUCGAAAUGCUCGCCACACUCGGACACAUACACGACACACGAGGAAUCGAUGGUUCUACAGUACCAAGCAGCAGCGGGAGCAGCAGCGACAACAAUAACAAUAACAGCAAUAGAAAUAACACUGCGGACACAACAGCAGCAACAGUGGCAACAGAUAUAUCUACAACCGAUAUCCAACUCUCACCCUCCUCGUCAGGCGUGGCUGUAGUAGCUUCUAGAAGGAAUUACAACAGUCCAGCCGCGACUGCUGCAAGCAGUGAACGCAAUUCACUAACCACAACCGAAGACGACAGUGGAUUGUCAUUUAGACAGACCAACCAAGAUAGUACAAUACCCUUUUCAUCAUCCAGCUUAGAGGCUACCGAAGAUCCCAAUGAUUCUUUCGGUGUAAUGGGGCCGCUGAUCAGUAUGCUUCCAAGACGCUAUCAAAUGGAGAAAACCUCACCCCCUAUCCUCGGUCCUGCAAAUAAUGUCAUCUUUGUUCAGAAGAAAGACACUUCUUCAGAUUUUGGCGACGCACGUCCAGUUGUAAUCAAGGCAUUUGGUCGCCGUGAAGCAUGGGAGCGAGAGUGUCGCACGUUGAUCAAGCUCAAGGGCAAGCAUGCAGUUGAACUGCUCGAGGUGCUCACUAUUCAAAAUGAACCAAACUCUCUCCAGGAACAAAACUCAAGACUAUCAAAAUCUCGAGGCAAAAAAGAAAAACAAGACGAUGGUUCAGAUGACAUAAAGUAUGUUACAGUAAUGGAACGCUUAGACGAGACAUUGGCAGCCACAAUUAGACGAUUUAGGAACAAGAAUACAAGUAAUACAGAAUGGGCAGAUGGUCCUGCUCGUGAAAUUGCAAGAGAUGUGGCAGAAUGCCUGGUCUGGUGCCAUGCCAACGAUAUUGCAUUUUGUGACCUUAAGCCAAGUAACAUUAUGCACAACAAGCACAGGCCGUGGAAACUUAUCGAUUUUGAAGCAAGUCGGAUGAUUGGACAAGAGUGUGUUGGUGUAAUUACUCCUCGCUAUUGUCCUCCUGAAGUAGCCAGAGCAACUACCUAUGGCCUUGAAGGUGCAAACGGAGUUGUUGCAACAGCCAGUGUUGAUUUAUGGGCUUUGGGUUGUGUCAUUUAUGAAUUGGCUACACAACGACCUUUGUUUGCUAGUUCAAUCAAAGACGAAACAAUCUUGCAUUUUGUGUCUCAUCCUUCACCGUCUACACCGAUUCUUAACAACGGGUUGCGAUGGAAUGAGCACAACGAACUUGAAAUUCCUCACUUGGGUCGCCUAGUACCCAAUGAAGACACACGCCACUUACUGUGGAUUUUAUUAAGUAGAGAUCCCUCAAAACGAGGCAGGGCAUCUAGUCUGUUGAAACAUCCUUAUUUUAAUACUCAACGGUCAACAUAA